UCACUACGUUCAACCAUUCGUCAUCGUGCCGCGUUCUUGAAACAACACAGCGUAGGUAGUCAGUGUUUGAAAGAAAAUGGCCAGUCAGUCAAUGGAGAUUGUUGCGAAGGCUCUGGAGCAGCAGGUGCUGCAGUCUGCACGGAUAGUGGAAGAACAGCUGGAUGCUAAACUGGACAAGUUGGAACGGCUGGAUGAAGAUGACUUGGAACGGCUCAAGGAGAGAAGACUCGAGACCCUUAAGAAAGCUCAGAAGCAGAAGCAGGAAUGGAUGUCUAAAGGACAUGGAGAAUACAGAGAGAUUCCAAGUGAGAAAGAUUUCUUUGCAGAAGUGAAAGAAAGCAAAAAUGUGGUCUGCCAUUUCUACAGAGAUUCUACAUUCAGAUGCAGAAUUUUAGACAAGCACUUGGCUAUUGUGGCUAAGAAACAUCUGGAAACAAAGUUCAUCAAGCUGAAUGUUGAGAAGGCUCCAUUCCUAACCGAGAGGCUGAGGAUUAAAGUCCUUCCGACACUGGCUCUGGUAAAGGAUGGGAAGACAAAGGAUUUUGUUGUGGGCUUUACUGAUCUGGGCAACACAGAUGAGUUCCCCACUGAAGUGCUGGAGUGGAGACUGGGCUGCUCAGAUAUCAUCAACUACAGUGGGAAUCUUUUGGGGCCUCCAGCAAUUGGCCAGAAGCAAGGGUCAAAGUUCACCAAGGUGGAGAAAAAGACCAUCAGAGGCAAAGGUUAUGACUCGGACUCUGAAUCUGAUGAGGAUUAGAGAACCCAAACAUCAAGCGCUGUCUUUUUCAGGGCUUCCUACAUAACAGUCUUGUAAAACCACAUUGUGGUCACUUGUUUUCUUGCCGUGUCUUAUUUAAUUUCUUGUCACUCAGCUAUUACUUAUGUUUGACCAAUGUAAAUGACUGAAUACAGCCACCUGAAAAGGUGAUCAUUCAAACUUUACCCAUUAUGUUUGAUCUACAGAAUUAAACCUUUAUACAAAUCAGAAUUCUGGUUAAACCUCUUUUUUUUUUUUUUUUUUGUAUUAACCAAAGAAAAUGUUAUUUAUUUGACAGAUUUCCUGUAAGCUUUUGUUUUACUCAAUGUUGCAAAAAAAAAACACAAUCAAUAUUUUGGCCUCUUAAUGGACUGAUGCUUAGGUCAGAGAGCAUCAAACAAGUGCCAAGGAAGCAAGCUUCUUCAUUCCAAUAAAAAUUGCCACCUCUUUCUCCCAUUGAUGUGAAAGGUUGCAGGCUUUUUUUCUUCUUAUGUAGCAAUACAUGACUCAUUAAAAAUGAUAAUUUUAAA